AUGGACCCGCAUCACGCCUACAUGGAAAUGGUGGCACUGGACAAGCAGCUGCGGGAUUUAUUACGUGCUAAUCCAUUAAACGUCCAAGACGCCAACGUACUACGUCGUCAGCUCAUGGAUGCUGUCAUACAAAUGAUUGACACUCAUAUAGAAUUCGCAGUAUCGAAAGAAGUUGAACUGGCACUUUGGAAACCCUGUUUCUAUCGACGUAUCGAAGAUUUUCGUCGUCGUAUCCGUAAAUACGCGGCGACAGCGCAGACGGACCGCAAUGUGCGUGAGCAUUUUGCGCGUGUGUCUAGCGAGUUCCAGCAGUUUUUAACUGAGGCGUCGGCCUUUUACACGUAUUUGAGCAAUGUAUUUGCCUCGUGGCUGCAGCAAAAUCAGCCGGGAGCUGCUAUUGCAGAGGGUAGCGACGUCGCCAUCAACGUCGUACGCUGUCGUCAAAGUUUGCACCGCUGCUAUGUCUUCUUAGGAGACUUGGCGCGAUACCGUGAGCUGCACAGUCAAAAGAUCAAAAAGAACUUUGCAGCGGCUGAGGCACUGUACCAUCGUGCAUUGGCGGUACUACCCGAGAAUGGCAAUCCGCACAACCAGUUGGCGGUGCUGGCGACUUAUGUGGAAGCAGAGACGGUAGCGGUGUAUCACUAUUGCAGGAGUUUGCUGACAUCGCAGCCUUUCACGACGGCGGAGGAGAAUCUUGCACUGCUCUUUGAGCGCACUCGUCAGCGUCCAUUGGCUGCACCGAUUACAUUGAAGACAUCGUCUCCGUUGUCAAGGGAAAAAUCGGCGCUUUUGAAGAGCUACUUGCAUCGGCUCACACGAAUGCAUGGCAUCUUGUUCGCUCUCUCGUCGCCUCAUGGAUCUCUUACAGCUAUGCCGGGCAGAGCCAGCAGCAACGACUUGACGGCACCAAUGUACCCGCGUGAUAUGGAGGCAGUUCUGUUUAAGGACAUGCAGGUAUUGUUACAUGCAGGUGUGUUGGGAGACGCAUUGCUGCUAAAGAUUGUAGUGACGAACAUCUUUUGCCUCAUUCGCGCCUCGGACUCUCGCUCCCAGUCAGCACCCAUCGAGGAUGCUCUUCGUCUCUCUAUUCGUACGAUCACUUGUGUUAUGGAGUUUCUUUUGGAUAGCUUGAACAACAAGCCGAAGACGGAGGCAAGUGGUAAAGCUUUGGCGCUUUUGACGCUGCGACUUUUAGGGCCCGUUGCGAUUUUUUGUGACUACUUGAAGCUGCAUCCAAAUAUGCUGGAGCAACUAGAACAGCUUUUGGUGCAUCGUCCGAAGAAGCUAUUCAGCGAAGUGACAACAAAUGACCAAGGAGCCGGCGCAGACCAGUUUGCUUUCGUUUUUCUUGAAACUUUGGCAAAACUUGUGAACCAUGCACGUAUUCGCGAGUUAUGUGCUCUGUUAGUGUCAAAUGCUGGUCAGCACAAUGAUGACGGUCUGCCAUUAACUGUUUGCACACAACAGCAUUUGCUGAAAGAGAACCUCGAGCUUCGAGGAUUUGCACCACUUGAGGAGGAUAAUACUGCGUCCACAUGGCAGGACGAAUGGGCGGUGCAAUCUUCGGCCACUGGAGAAAAUAGUGCCUCACAAGUGACACCAUUACCGGACGAUGAGGCAGCCAAAAUUCGUGCAUGGAGACUGUAUCACUUCGCGCGGUAUUUAUGCGACGGCUACGAAGGGAAUCCGUUGCUUUUUUAUAGUGCAUCAGGGCAAUUUACGACGUCGCCUUUGGCUGAAAAGGGAGUAUUUCAGCAGGAUAGUGAAACGGCGGAUGGAUUAGCUUCGCUAAACCUCGGGUUUCUGUCGACCGACAACAUUAUACAGCAGCAAACACAAGCAAAGGAAGCUUUUCGCAAUGAGUAUCAAUCUGGUUCUGGCGUGGAUGAUGAGGAUGACAAUUUUGACGACGAGGUGAUCGUUUUCAGGCCGUCGCCAGCGCUAAGAGGGAUGUCAGGGAACGAGCCGACCAAGCAACACAGCGGAUAUGCGACCACUGUGCCUUCUUCAUUGGAUACUUUGUCUGGUGGCGGUACCUUCAGUCUCCGAGCUCCAAGCCCAAUUUCACCAUCAGACGGCCAGGGUGCAAGCGUUAGCAGCCAGAGUAAUGCAUUUGGCUCUGGCCACGGUUCGUUUGGUUCAUCACUUGGCUACCCUAGCUUUGAUACAUUCAAUGGUGUUGGCAGCUUGGAAAGAGGUCUGGGCUUAGGUCUGGGCUUGCCAUUCCGCAGCCUGGACACGGGGUUUAUGACGUCAUCAAUCACCUCUGGAGGAACCAGUGAUGCGCAGAGCCAUGGGUUUAGCAGCCGCGUUGGUGACAAUCGUCCCUUUGCUCCUAUGACUGAGUUGGCAGCUGUAGAGCGUGAGUCGGCCUUGUACCAGCAAAGGACUUCGAGCUUGAGUGCGUUUUUGAGUGCCUCGACGCCGGCGAGCCAGGCUGAGACACAUAGCCCAUCGUCUCCACGGAUGCCAGCCCGCCCACCUCCAGGUUUUGCUGCUGCUUCGAUGGGAGGCCAGCAGGAGCAGCAGCUUGCGUCGAAGCUUUUGUUCAAUCCGUAA